UCCGCGCCAGCCGGAAGUUCCGGCGCGAGCUGGUCGGAAGUAGGUACGUGGCCACCGCGGUUGACAUUAGUCAGGAUGGCGAUGGAGGUGCGGGCUCCAGAUCGCAAUGCCGGCGGCUCCGGUCGUCUGGAAGUCUCAAUCGACGGCUUGACACUGAGUCCCGAUGCAGAAGUCGAACCCGACGACGGCGGAAGCUCGAAGACUGACUUACCCGACAGUGGUAACCAAGUUCAGAGUCAUUCUGGGGAGAAGGAUGGAGAGGUGGACGAAACUGCCAGAACCGUGGAAAGGAAAUGGGGCUUUACUCUCCAGGAGCUAUAUAAUUUGGCACUGCAAUUCUUUAAAGAGAAAGAUGGCAAAGCUUUCCAUCCAACAUAUGAGGAAAAACUCCACCUUGUUGCCCUUCACAAACAGGUCUUACUGGGCACAUUCAAUCCAGACAUUUGCCCAGAAGUAGGAUUCUUUGAUGUCCUGGGAAAUGACCGAAGGAAAGAAUGGGCCGCCUUGGGCAACAUGACAAAGGAAGAUGCUAUGGUGGAGUUUGUGAAGCUGUUGAACAAAUGCUGCAAUUUAUUUGCGCCCUACGUCACUUCGCACAAAAUAGAGAAGGAGGAACAGGAAAGGAAGAGGCAGGAGGAGCAGGAGCGCAAGCAGUUGGAGGAGGAGGAGCAGGAACGGCGGCGACUGCAGGAGGAGCGGCUGUGGAGGGAGCAGGAGGAGCGGCUGCGGCGGGAGGAGGAGGAGAGGAGGCAAGCUGAUGAAGAGCGACUGCGCAUGGAGCAGCAGAAGCAGCAGAUCAUGGCGGCGCUGAACGCCCAGACGGCGGUGCAGUUCCAGCAGUAUGCUGCCCAGCAGUACCCCGGCAACCCUGACCAGCAGCAAGUGCUGAUCCGGCAGCUGCAGGAGCAGCACUACCAGCAGUACAUGCAGCAGCUGUACCAGGUGCAACUGGCCCAGCAGCAGGCUGCCCUACAGAAGCAGCAGGAGGCCACACCUGCGUCAGCUGUGACAGACAGUCGGCUGAGUGGCCCGCCCCUGUUGCCUGGAGACAGCCACACGGUCAAUGGGCAGGCCGGGACACCCACCGAGAGCCCAGACAGGGACGUGGAGCUGGAGGCUGCAGAAGACCUGCUGGAGAAUGGGCCUCAAGGCACACCCCCGGCUCCAGUGAUUACAGCGCCCUCCAUGUGGACACGUCCGCAGAUCAAGGACUUCAAGGAGAAGAUCCGGCAGGACGUGGACUCCGUGAUCACGGUGGGCCGGGGUGAGGUGGUGACAGUACGGGUGCCCACACACGAGGAGGGCUCCUACCUUUUCUGGGAGUUUGCCACUGACUACUAUGACAUCGGCUUUGGUGUCUACUUCGAGUGGACAGAUUCCUCCAAUGCGGCCGUGAGUGUCCACGUCAGUGAGUCCAGCGACGAGGAUGAUGAGGGUGAAGGUCAGAAUGAGGAAGAGAAGACCCAGAAGAACACCAGUAAACCUCAGGUGGACGAGAUAGUGCCAGUGUACAGGCGGGACUGCCACGAGGAGGUUUAUGCCGGGAGCCACCAGUACCCGGGCCGAGGCAUUUAUCUGCUCAAAUUCGACAACUCAUACUCACUCUGGAGGUCAAAAAGCGUCUACUACAGAGUCUACUACACUAGAUAAGUGGAAGGUCAUGCUUGGAAGGCUUUGGCAGUAAGCAUAGUUUGCAUCGGGAAGAUCUCCAUACGACAUAAACGCUGUCCUGGUGGGUGCCCUCUGUUGGCGGCGUCAUUGGGACUAGGAGGCUGCGGAGCGGCCACUUACACACGCCGUGGUGAUGUUGCUCUCUCGUCAGUCACGUUUGUGCUCCAGAGGGAGGAAAUAAAUGCUAAUUUCAAGUCUGUAGCCUUCUUAUUUAAUCAACACUUCUGUAAAUCCCUGUUCAGCAAAACACUGCCUUACCAAUUUUUUUUUGCUAAGGACUCUCAUCAUCAUGAUUGUCGGUGGGUCUCAUAAAUGCUUAAAGUUUGCAGUCUUAAUCGGCAUGCUGAUGCGCUUGGUACCACAGACGUAGCAUGCGCUUGGCUUUUUGUGUAUUUCAGCAUUUGAGAUGUGACACGAUUUUUUUUGUCCUUGUGAAACUGGCCUAGAGAACAUUUGAGGUGAAGGGAAAUGUGAGGCAUUGUGGGAGAAAUGUGGCAGAGAAGAGACUGUGUUUAAUCAUCAGAUGUUUAAAGACCAGAGGAGCACUGAACAGCAGGAGCCCAAGAAGAGAUUCAAGAAACGUCUGUCAGGCUGUUCUGUUUUGGUUCCAAAUACCUUGUUUAUGCAAUUGGGGGAAACCAAAGAGAGUGAUAUGAUCCAAUAAAAAUGAACAACACUGGUGAUAGUGUUGUCUCCUGACAUCGACUGCUAUUAUGAAAUAUUCAUUUUGUUUGCUGUCACACUCAGAGCAACAUUAUAUUUGUUUAUAUUGCUCUUUAUUUGAGAAAACUACUGCUCCUGCAGUUAGAUACGUGGAGAAAGUGUUCUUUCGUCUGGUGGAAACGUGUAAAAGUACAGAAUAUUUAAGUCUGCCCUUGAUCGUUUUUGUUUCCGAUAUUGUUUUAGCAUUUUCAGAAGAAAAGAAACCACUUUAGCAGUAUGGAAGUGACAGGAAGGAACAUGGAAAAAUAGUUUGGGUGUUAUUGGUAUUGAGGGGGAUACAUUGGGUGUUUGUACUUUGUAGUUUUAAAUACAUGAAAGAGAUAUGUGUCGUGAUUGUAAUAGUAAUACCUUAAAUGUACAUUCUAAUCUAAAGGGGUGCUUUAAAUGGAAUGAUGAUCUAAAGUAAUAUCAGAAAUACAUGCUUGUUUUGAGAUUUUCUGAGAAGUCGCAUUCAUCUGCCUUGUAUAAAACAUCUGCCAUGUGCUAAUGAUCAUGUUGAAUUAUCAGGCUUUCUCCUGGAAUGCCUGCUCCCACAUUCCUUUAGCAUAUAGCCAAACACUGAAAUCAUAACUGUAAGUAUGAAGAAAGACACUGGUGGCUUAUCCUCAGUAUUAAGUAUUUUUGUGCAGUGGUUGUUCUACAGAAACUACCACAGUCGUCAUACUUCACGAUUUUCACUGAAUACAGUUAACUUCAAGCUUAUUUUCUACAACUUGUACACUGCAGCCCUCUGUCAGCUUAUGACUGUUGGCUUUUCCUUUCCAGAAUCUUCAGCUUUCUGUUUCAACACCAGCUUCUUUAUUCUUACUGGGGUUCGAAAUGGCUUCCUUCGUCUCCUGUCUGUCUCAGUUGCCACUUAGUAGUCUAGCACUGAAACUAACUUUGGUGGCUAUGUGACAGUGAUAAGACAUGGUCACUGAUGGGCAUCCAUACUACAGUUUAGUAGCCAGAAGUUAUAUUACCACAUAAAUGGCUGUCAUCUAUACGAAAUGUGAAGUUAUAUUGCUAUUCAUCUGAGAUUUGCUUAAAAAUAGUUCUCAAGAGGUUGUGGUUAGUGUUAGGGUCACAGGACUAAUGGGUUUAUUGAACUUUUGGUUUGUGGAACUUAGAAGCUCUCAGUCCUUGUUUGGUUUUGUCAAAAAAAAAAUUUAGUUUGAAGAAUUAUUGACCACCUUAUAAGCACCGACUGUCAUGUACAGAAACACACAUUCACACAGUCCUGUUUGAAGGCCAUUCUCAUCUCAUGAACCUGCUUCAAAAUCUGCCUUUAAGGUUUUAUUGUACAUUAGGCAGAAGCUAUGUCUUCAAUCUGUUUGUAAAUAAAACAUUUUUUUCUGA